CUAGUAUGUUUUAUCAACACAGAAUUGCAUCGCAGCAACCUUACUACAGUGCAACCUCGCAGAAACUGUCAUUCCAUAAAGGAACUUUUUUCCUUUUGGUUGUGUCCUAAGUUGCUUCCUGAACUGCUUCCGUUGCCGUGCAAGAUGUUGCCGGAAGUUCUGAAAUUCAUUCGAGAAUCCGACGAGAAAGUCAUCCACGUCGAUACCCUUCUGGACCGUAUCGGCACCGAACCAACGGCACCGGAAAACGCCAGUUCCCACCUGGCCCAAGCGCUAGCCGACGGUCGCCGCUUAGGAUUAGUAUCAAUUCAGCGCGACCGCAUCAAACCACUGGUUCCGUUGGAUGGACAGUCAGAGCCCCUCAAUUUCGCCUCGCAGCUACUUCUGCUGACCACUCAAGCCCCCAAGCUCGACGACCUACCCGAUGAUGGUGGUAGCCGCGUCGAAGAAGCCUCCGAAGGAAGAUUGCUACGACCGAGGAAACCGGACAUGCGCCAGCCUCCUCCUAAAACACCUCUUGCAGGUGGUCAAUCCCGUGGUGGAUACGUCCGUUCCAAACUGGAUCCUGAGCCGAAGGCCGAUGGGCGUCGAAUGAGAGUUUCCGGAAUAAUGCAGGCCGCUGGUUCAAAGCGAACUGUAGGACGCAGCAGAAGUGGGGCAAGGAAGCGAUCCCGUAGCCGGCGUGGCCGAUCGGCUUCCAGGGCUCGUUCCCGGGGAGGGCGCAGACGUGGUCAGAGCAGUCGUUCCCGUUCUCGCUCGCGUCGUUAGAUGUUACUUUUGUGAAGUUGCCUUAGAAUUGUUUUAUCUAAAUUUUCAAUAAAACGUGUUUAUAUUUUGAGAGAA